AUGGUUCUGAUGUCUUAUAAAUGUCUUUUAUUCUAUGGUUAUGAACAGUACAUUUAUGUGGCGACGCCUGCUGUGGUCGGCGCGUCGGCAAGUUAUGCAGGUUACAGCAGUUACUCGCAAGCUGCGGAGACUGCUUAUGUUCAGCCGGGUUAUACGGCGAUGGUCCAAGUGCCAGAGCAAACUGGUGCAACCUAUGUUGUUCCAAGCUACCCAUAUGACGGUCAGCUUCAGUUUUCACAACAAGCUCAGGCAGCUGCAGCUCCAUUGCAAUCUACCACCCAACCUGAAUAUGCUCUGCAAGCUGCUGGUUAUGCUGCUCCAGCAGCAACUGGUUACAGUCAGCAACUGACAGUGCAGCAAGGAACAACAGGUUAUACUCCUCAACAAAGUCAAGUUGUUUAUGGUAGCCAGGCUCACCUGACUGCAGUGCAGCAAGCAGUUGCAGGACAGCAAGCUGCACUGGCUCAACAAUCAGCUACACAAAAUUUAACAUAUGCACAACAGCAACAACAGCAGCAGAUGGUACAGCAAAUGACAAUGCCCUUAGCUUAUGGGCAACAGCAAACAAGUCAGCCUGGUGUCACACAAUAUGCAUAUCAGCAAACAUCAUCUGCUUAUGCACCCUCAGCUGCUAUAGUAUCACAGAGUAUAUCAGCUCUACAACCACCAGCUUAUGGUAGUACAACUUUGAUGACCCAGCAAGCUGGACUGACAUAUGCCCAACAGCAGCAGCAACAAGCAAUCCAGCAGCAACAAGCUUCACUCUAUGCUACCCAACCGCCUGUCAAUCAAACAAGUCAGCCUCCACCUUCUUUUAGUUAUCAGCAGCAGCAACAAAUAGCUGCUCUACAGCAGCAGCAACAACAACAGCAGCAGCAAGUUGCCACAGUUGUAGCAGCUUAUAGUCAACAACCACAGCAGUCAACAGUUUACUAUGGUCAACAUUCACAGCAGCAACAGCCUCCUGUCAUGCCUGGCCCAACUCAACAACAACAAUCUCUUUCAUUCACAUCUCAAGCAACACAGCAGCAGAUGUAUCUACCUGGCACACAGCAACAAAACAAUGUUGGGGUGCAUGCGACAGCCGGUCAGUUAUCAUUAGGACCGUCUGGCCAUCCUCCUGGCAUCAGACCACCUCUCACACUUCCCAGGCAUGGGGCACCUCCAGGAUCAACCUUUCUUCAAAUCAACCACCACCAGAGAUUACAGGGAGUGCCAGCUAGGGGUUUUGGAGAGAGAGACCAACAUCCACCAGAGAGUAGUGCAAUUCACGGCAAUCCUCUGCUGGCAGGCCCACAGAAUAAUGAGGUGGAGGUUCAGAGAUUUCCAGACACAAUCUUCAUACAGGGACUCCCAGAAGAUACAACUGAAGAAAAAUUGGCCCAGCAUUUUUCUGCUGCCGGUAAACUAAAGUUGGAUGGAAGAACAGGCAAGCCUCGCAUUUCCAUUAUAAAAGACAAGGUAACUGGGAGGCCGAGGGGUGAGGCCACUCUUGGAUUUCAAGAUGCAGAAAGUGUUCAGACAGCCAUCAAGAUGUUCAACAUUAAAGAUUUUCACGGACGAAAAAUAAGGGUAGAGAUGGCAAGUAGGAAAGUUCCUGUGGGACAACAGCCACCCCAACCUGUCGUUAAAAGAAGUCGACCAGGAGAGGAUGCACUUGACUGGGUCUGUCCAAAUCCUUCCUGUAACAAUGAGAAUUUUUCUUGGAGAACAGAAUGCAAUCGUUGCAAAGGUCCAAGACAAAUAAGUGAUGCUCAGUUGAAGCAACAAGCCUCUUUAAGAGGUCGCAUGGAACUGCCACUCAGGACAAUGCCUGCAAAUCGUAUGGGAAUGGGUUUGAAUCUUGGGGGUCCUAAUUUGUUGAGGCCCAACAAUUUAAACAGCAUGGCUAUGGCAUCAAUAAGGGCGAGGCUUGGAGGUGUGGGUAUGGGGCUGGGACCACUUGCUGGCAUGCCUGGUCCUAUCAGAGGAGCUAUCAGAGGUAGGAUGGAAAGAAGAAUCAUGAGGCCAUAUUGAUUUUUACUUUUUGUGUUGUACUCCAUGCAGAGAGGCAGCAUCACAUGUUGGAAGUUUAUACCUAACUGUCACCCCCUUUUAGAGAUCAGUUUGCGAAAAACUGAGAAUGAUUUUAUUUACAUGUUGAACGUGUUUUUGACUGACUGACUGGAAGUUUAUACUUAACUGUCAAUCCCUUUUAGAGAUCAGUUUGCGAAAUACUGAGAAUGAUUUUAUUUACAUGUUGAACGUGUUUUUGACUUGACUGACUGACUGGAUUAUGAAUUGUAUUUCAAACAAAUAAAUAUGAACAAGCGAGU